CUUUAAUCUGUCUACACAUUUCUUGCUUUUUGGUCCCUGCAACCCCCAUAUUCUCUACUCUCUAUCGUUCAUUUUCCUCAUCAAUCUCUCCUCAGCUCAGAAAGAGUAGGAGUCAAUAGGAAAAACAAGAAGAAGAAGAGAAGAAGAAGAAAUGGCAUUUGCAGGAACAACCCAGAAAUGCAUGGCUUGUGACAAAACUGUGUAUCUGGUUGAUAAGCUCACAGCUGAUAACAGAAUCUAUCACAAGGCCUGCUUUAGAUGCCACCACUGCAAAGGAACCCUCAAGCUCAGCAACUACAAUUCAUUUGAGGGAGUACUUUACUGCAGGCCACACUUUGAUCAACUCUUCAAAAGAACUGGCAGUCUUGACAAAAGCUUUGAAGGCACACCAAAAAUUGUAAAACCAGAGAGACCUGUUGAUAAUGAGAAAGCAGUGGCUAAAGCUUCAAGCAUGUUUGGUGGAACCAGGGAUAAAUGCUUUGGCUGCAAGAAAACUGUUUAUCCAACAGAAAAGGUUUCGGUGAAUGGAACUCCCUACCACAAGAUGUGCUUCAAAUGUACACAUGGAGGGUGUACAAUCAGCCCAUCGAACUACAUUGCACAUGAGGGCCGCCUCUACUGCAAGCACCACCACACCCAACUCAUCAAGGAGAAAGGAAACUUGAGCCAACUCGAGGGUGGUGGUGACCAUGAUGAGAAAGUAGUCGGUGCCACAGAAAUUGCUCCUGAAAUAUGAUCCGAAACAAAAUAUAUGGAUGAUAAACAAGCCCUUUUUCUAUGCCCUCUAUUAUCGAUGCUGUUGUCCCUCAUACUUUACCAUUUCCUUGCAAUCUAAGUUGGUGGAAUCCUAUAUAGAAUUCUAGUGUGCGGGUUCAUUUGUUGUUUUCAGGUUUUGCUGUGAGGUUGUGUAUGCAUUUCCUCAGAUGAGAUGCCAAAUGAGGCUUAUUUGUACUCUCUAUUUUGUUCUUACUGGUUUUCAAUGUAUGUUGAGAACUCCUGACACUGAAGGAGCAGUUCAUAUAUGAAGCCAAGUGCUUAAUUAACCAUUGUGAAA